CUUGGGCUCAACAACCAUUCACCAAAUGCUCUCAUGCACAUAAAAAUGAAUCCCAUCCACCUCCCCGACGAAAUCAUAUCGCAAAUACUCAUACCAGCGCUUGAGAUUCCAGACAAAACCUUUGCUGAUACUUCUGUCGAGUCUCCUUUUGCCAAGUACAGAACAUCUAGCAGCAUAUAUCUCUCCGUUUGUAAAGCCUGGUACCGUGUAGGCACUCCGAACCUAUACCAAACCGUCAUUUUACGCUCGAGGGCUCAGGCCGCCGCCCUGGAAUGGACAUUAAAGCGUGUGAACGGCCUCUUUGGGCGUUAUAUUCGUAAGCUCCGAUUAGAAGGAGCUUACGGGACCGCAAUUCGGACUAUUUUACAAGCAGCCCCCAAUAUCAGCGAUCUCUUCGUCGCCGUGAACUUGUGGCCUGGAGACGACUCUACGGGUCUAUGUCUUGUGCUUGCCGACCUGAAUCCUCGACGCGUCAUUCUCUUCGAUACUCCCAACCAUGGCCCGCGUACAAAUGACGGCGAAGUAUUGCGGCAGAAGCUCAAACACUGUAUUAGAAUGUGGCAGAACCUGACAGUGUUCGAAUUUCCUGAUGCGUGUGCGUCCCAAUGGUCGCUUAUGAUUGAUUUCUCCCCGCCGCUCAGUCUUUCUUCAAAUAUCAGGACAAUUGUUAUACCCUUUACGCCUAUUUUCCUUCAUGGGCAGGUGGCAGAACAUCUCGGUGUCAUGGCUCAGAGUCCAACAUUGCAACGCAUUUUUAUGCGCCCCCCCAGAGAAUGGGAUAACAGGCUGAUUAUAAGUUUCGAAGCCAUAACGCAAAGCCCUGUGCUAGCAAGAUUGGUCGAACUUCCUAGUCAGAGAAUGGCCUCCACCACGCUCUUCGACACAGUGACAUUGAGAUUCUCUACAUCCGGUGUCCCUGACCACAUUUGGAAUCGCGUUCUGUUCUAUGCACUCUCUCUUGACCCGAACAAACCUCAGCCACUUGAAAGGAAACCAUACCUCGGACUGGUCACCGUCUGUAAGCGGUUUGAACGUCUUGCUCAACCGCAUCUCCACUCCACAAUGGUUUUGCGCGGCAGUUUCGCCAUGAUGGACUUCCUCCGACGCCUCGAACGCGACCCUUGCAUUCGUCCUGCACUCAGAGCUCUUUAUUUUGAGCUUCCCGAUACAGCUUGGACUGUCAGUCUAGAUCAACUUUUUGAGGCACAACCCUCGACUUGUUCGCUUAAUUUGUUAUCUCUUAUCGGUCUUGAACCGUUCUCGCUAUCUGCUCGCCUCUUCAAUAGCUUCGCACAGCACUCUGGUCACUCCCUUGCUCGCAUCGAAGGACUUUUACUGACCCGAGAUCAUGGGAAGGAGAGUCCCGCUGUUUGGGGAUCAUUCAAGGCACUCAGCGUAAUAAGGCUGGAUAACCGGGUCUUCUGGCAAGCCACGUCGCAGGAAAUACCGUUUGACGCUCUUGCCAACUUAAGACGUUUGGAACUGGGAUGUCAUCAUCCUGGGACUGAAUCGUUGAUACGAGUAUUUGCGGGGAUGAACCUUCCUGCACUUAGACGGGCUGCAUUCACGUUUGUUGCCUCAAACAACCAGAUUUCAUCCGUCCAAUCGACGGACAAACUAUACAUCGCGAUCAAACGUUUCCUGGGUCGUCAUGGACCAGGAAAGCUCGAAUGGCUCAGCGUCCCAUCUAGCUUUCUAGAACAAGACGCUGUCGCGCCAGUGAAAUGGCUCAAAGUCUUUGAACUAUGUGACAAAAUGGCUCAUGUAGAGAUAAGUUGUUGGGGAGAUGUUUCUCGACCAAACAUCUUCAAGUCAACCACGAAAACGAAUCUCGCACUUGAGAAGGUGUCAUUCCGGCUUGGCGCCGAUGGUCAUCGGCAAUGGCGAACGAUGGAACGCCAGUGGACAGAGUUUUUGGAAGCAUGUGAUCUCAGUCUUUUUCCGAACCUGCGCGAGAUCUGGUUACCAUGCGUAAAAUGGCCUACAAACGAACACGAAAUAGCCAAGAGCAUGUGGGUCGAUACAGCAGAGCUGCUACUUGACGCUGGCAUCCGGUUGUUGGACCAAGACGGCUUGGGCUGGAGAAAACGGCUAAACGGGGUUCUGGGGUAA